CAUUGUUUGCAAUUUGCAAAAAUGUUUUCUUGAAAAAUUGUUUCUUUUGAUGCUAUUUUAUACCAGUUUUAUGCAUUUGAGAGUAAUUGCUAUCCGUGUAUAUUCAUAAUUAUUUUUGGAAAGCUUUUAAUCAUAACCUUACUGCUUAUGUUUUGAAAUACAUUAUCGUUCUAUUCUUAGUACAAUGUAUUUUGAUAUAACCGGUUACAAUAUUAUAAAAUAUCUCAGACAUUAAUUCUAUUUGUCCACUAUAAACCGUCAGUCAUGAUGGAGUCAUGUUCCCGCUUCACGGCGGCUGAAGGUGGAGCUCGGCUGGCAGCGGCGGCCAGCACCCGAAAUAUUUUAGUUACGGAAUACACUGCUUUUAUACCUAUGAACUUGCUUAUAGAACAUGCAUACAAAAUAAGAGGAACUCUAACAGAUGGCAAGAAGCGCUCCGUAUACUUGACACGACCUUCCAGAACUGAGUGUGUUGCACAUGAGUACAAUAUUUUGACAUCCUUAAAAGUGUGUCGAGCCAACAAGUACAGUGAUGUCGAAAAUUGGAAGGAAGAGGUAGAAGUAAAAGAGCUACUGGUUUGCACAUCUGAAGUAUUGAGUCAAAUUUUAGAGGAAGGUGUCCUGACCAUAUCAAAUAUCAAUGUUCUAAUUAUAGAUAGCUGUCAUCUCAUAUUCCAAGAUCAAAAUCUGCAAAAUAUAAUGAAACACUAUAAAGAAUGUGAGCUAGAAAAACCUAGAAUAUUAGCAUUGACUUACCCACUGUUCACUGCACCUAAAGACGAGGAUGCAGAUACCAUAACUAAUCAUAAUCUUAAUGAUGAAGAAGAAGCAAAAGAUAAAGAAUCUAAAGAUGUAGAAAAUGCAGAUAAAGAAAUAGAAAAAGAUAAGAUAGAGAACGAAAUAGAACAAGAUAAAACAGAGAAAGAAAAAGAUAAUGAAACUAAAACUACUGAGAUAGGUGUUUAUCAAAAUAUGGAUGAUUUUGAUAUGUAUGAAAAAUUAGAAUGGAAAAUUGAGGAGUUGGAAAAAGCUUUGUGUUGUAAGAUGGACUUGGCUGAGGAUAUUGAUGCAGGGAAAAGAUUAGCAAUAACAAUAGCAAAACCUAAGGAGUUGUUAAUAGAAUAUAGACCACCGCUGUCUGCUGAUGAUCAGCAAGUCACGUACCAGGAUUUAGAGGCAUUUAUGAGAAACACAAUCGAAGAUGCAUCAGAUUUUAUUGAUGAGCAUAGAUACGAUCCCACCGAAAUAUAUGGAGAAGAUUUAUAUGAAGAGUUCAAAGAUAUACCAGACCCAACUAUAGAACCUAAGCAGAUAUUUAAGGAAUUCCUAUAUGUACUUGAUCAAUUAGGUCCAUAUGCAGCAGAUAAGGCGGCAUUUACAUUACUAGUUAAGUUAGAAAAGCUUAAAAUAAAAGUGCCUUACGAAAGACAUUUUCUAUUACUGUGUCUAUGCACGUCGGUCUUCGUGAAAAUUCGUAGCUACGCUGACUACGUGUUUUCAAAAUAUGAAUCUGACUGGGAUAAAAUCAGUUCCUUUUCGACGCCUAAAGUAUUAAGAUUUGCUGAAAUUUUGGAACAAUUUAAACCUUUAGACGAUAAGAAUAUCGUAGAUAGUAAUAAAUGUAAUCAAAAUGUAAAUACUCAUAAAGAAGUAGAAGUGGAAAAUGCACAAGAAACCAAUCUUAUAAAUAAUGUAAAUACAACCAAUAUAAAUGGGGAAAAUCAUGCAGACACAGAUGCUGAAAAUGUAAAUAUAGAUAAAGAUAAUACUGAAACUAGCACGCUAGAUGACAAUAAAUCAAUUAGUAAAAGUAUAGAAGAAGUUGACGAUGACAAAUCAAAUUUAGCAAAAGAUGAUGCAAAUAAUUUAGAAAACAAUCAUGAAGAACAAAUUGCUAACAGCAACGACGACAAUACACAAGCGAAUGAUGUAAAUAAUGUAAAUACUUCUAUGAAAAGAUCAAAAACAAGUGAUCUAUUAAAUGUUAUAGAGAGUUGUGAUUUUGCUACAUUAGGUAAUAAAAUAGAAGACAGAGUUAACACUUACGCCGCCAACUUAAAAGAUUUAGAUGAUGUUAGUAUAACAGAUACAACUAAAGAUAAAACAGAAAACGUUGCAAAAGAUACUAAUGAAACAAAUCAAGAACUCAAAGAAAGUGCCAAAUUAGAAUCUCAGGAUGAAAAAGAUAAAUCUACAAUUGACACUCUAAAUGAUUUAGAAAAGGCUGACAGCAAAAUUGAUUGUCAGAAAGGUUUUGGGAAGCGUUCGAAUAGAACGCGCGGGAGAACUAGAGCUCAGAGAAGUAACGUGGCCAAACUACGGCUAAUGCAGCAAAAUCCUGAUGCUCUAUGUGGUAUUGUGUUUAUGAAAGAAGCGCUCAUUGCUAAGAUUAUGUUUAUGUUGAUUGUGGACAUGUCUCGCUCCAGAAGUGCUCUGUCACAACUCUGCGCUCAAUAUUGUGCGUCCGAACCUAAUACAUCAGCUGAGGCGCGUGAGAGCCAGCGGCAGGGCAGAAAACAGGAGGAUGUAUUAAAAAAGUUCCGUAUGCACGAAUGUAACCUUCUGCUGGCUACGCCUGACUUAGAAGAAGGAAUAGACCUGCCCAGGUGUAAUCUGGUCGUUCGUUGGGAUGUGCCGCCAUCAUACAGAUCACACGUUCUAUGUAGAGGCCGAGCGAGGGCGCCGCGGUCCUCUGUGACGUUGCUAGCGAACGCGGAGACAGACAGUAAGGAGUUGAUACACAAUCUCGCCGUGUAUAAGGAGUUGGAUCAGAUAAUCACCAGAAAAUGUGGUUGUGGUAUACAAAAUGAGCCACCGCAGGAAGAAGAAAAUUACGCAGACGUUGUGGCAUAUCUUAUAAAACCAUACACACCAGCUAAUGAAUAUACAGAAGUAAAAAAACAUGCCACAGACGAGGGAAAUGUAACCGAAGACAAUGUUUUUAGUGAAGAUAGUAUAAGUGAUGUAAAAAUAGAAAUAGGAAAUGAUGAUACAACUAAAGAACUUAUAUUUGAUACGAAGAAAGAUGAAUUCAAAGAGACAGAACCGCCCGAUCCCACAGAUCGUAAUGAUGUUCCUGUAAAUAUUGAGGAUACGAUUAAUGGAGUAGCCAUUAAUGAUGGCUUGGAUAAUUUUAAGGAAAUCAAAUAUGAUUUAUGUAACAAGAGUGAAAAGACUGCUGACAUUGCGAGCGUAGAUCUCAGUACAGCUAUUGCACUAAUCAAUAGGUACUGUGGCAAGCUUCCUUCAGACACAUUCACCAGAUUAGCGCCGCAGUGGUGGAUGGAGCGCGUGACGCUGCCGGACCGCUGCGGGCGCGCACGCACUGCGUACGUGUGCACGCUGCGCAUGCCGCUCAACUGCCCCGUCAAGUACAACAUUGUGGGUCAUCCUAUGCCUACCCGAGUUCUGGCUCGUCGUAUGGUGGCGCUGCAGGCGUGCAGGAUACUCCACAAGUCCGGUGAACUAGACGACCAGCUGAUGCCGAUAGGUAAAGAGAACUUCAAGGCGGCGGAAUUGGACAACGACAAUAACAACCUGGAUGACAACGACUCUGCCCGCCCCGGCACCACCAAACGAAGACAGUACUACUACAAGCGGACAGCCUGGGCUUUCACCGAUUGCCAGCCGAUAAUAGACUGUACGGAUAAGGAAAUAGAGGACCACCCAACUCCCACACCAGAGCAACUUAAUAAAAGUCGCAACACAGCGUGGGCGCUGGCUGCUCGGUUGUGGUGCGCGCUGCCGGAGCGGUACAACACGCGCGGCCGCCGACUGCACGCGCCGCAGCACGCCAGGCAGGCGCUGGGACUGAUGGUAGCUGAGCGGGAUGAUAGACAGCUGCAGAUCCCGGCGUUCCCGGUGUACACGCGGUCGGGCGAGGUGCGCGUGUCGGUGGAGCGCGCGCCCGACGCCGACGUCAGACUGUCGCCGAGGAGGGCGAAGCUUAUACGCAGGUUUAUGAAAUUCGUGUUUGCGGACGUGCUGCGCGUGCGACGUCGCGGCAUGCGGCUGCACGCGGACGCCGCACCGCAUAACAACUACUACGUCGUGCCCACUACUAAACGAACGAAAGAAGAUGGAACCACGGUGGUCGACAUAGAUUGGGAGUUCCUAGAGCUAAUCUACAACCACACAGAGGAACAGAAGAGUCAAGAAAUAGACAAGCCGGUGUUAUGGGAAGACGGCGAGACUAAAGAAAAAGAAAAGAAAGAGAAGGAUAGGGAAGUGAAGAAGAUAGAAAAUCCGCUACUAAAGCCCGGGGAGGUAUUUGAGUUUGACGCGGAGAAGUAUAAAGACGCAGUAGUGACACCGUGGUACAGGAAUCAGGAUCAACCACAGUUCUUCCUGGUGGCGGAGAUAUGUUGGAACCUGUCCCCCGAGUCGGAGUUCCCGUCGACGCAGCACGGCAGUUUCCGCACCUACUACCAAUCGAAGUACGGCGCGGAGCUGACGCAGCCCGCGCAGCCGCUGUUGGAUGUGGACCACACGAGUGCAAGACUGAACCUGCUAACACCAAGAUACGUAAACCGCAAGGGCGUGGCUUUGCCCGUAUCGUCGGAGCGUACGCGCCGCAACAAGCGCGACAGACUCGACCAGAAACAGAUCCUAGUGCCGGAGCUCUGCCGCAGGCAUCCCUUCGCCGCGCCGCUCUGGUUCGCGACUGUUGCGUUACCCUGCGUGUUGUACAGGAUAAACGCGUUACUCAUAGCUGACGAGAUCCGUCGGGCGGUCGCGAUAGACGUCGGACUGGGUAUACCGCGGAUCGACGAGACCACCUGCCCCGGCUUCCAGUGGCCGCCGCUAGACUUUGGAUGGAGUUUGGCUGAGGUGCUGAGCACGGAUGAAAAAUCAGAUAAAAAGAACGAUGAUGAUGAUGAAACAGCAAAUACGGAUGAAAAGCAAAGUGCCAUAGAAAACCAGAAUGAUGAUGAUGACAGCAAUAAGACUGAAAACAAAAAAGAAGGGGAAGUCAAAGAGAAAACGCUAAACGACAUCUUACAGGAGAAAGAAGCUGAAAGUGGAUUCGAGAUCGGCACAUGGAGCAAUGAGAUGGCAUCAUCUAUCCCGGAUACGGUGGAGUUCGAUGAGUUCCUCGAGCCGCUGCCCGCCAACCUCACCUUCUGCACCUCCGCCUCAGGAGGAGCCAACUGGUCGGAGCCAGUAGAGAAGCCGAGAAACCAGUACAACCCCACCAGAGCUUAUUCUGUUGCAGAUAGCGAUUACUCAUAUAUGUCAAGUGACUUCGAUACGGAUUCAGAAUUUAAUACUGACGGUAGCGACGAAGACACUGACUCAAGCGGCUUCAACGGCAAAAAUGCUUUUGCCAUGGGCGUGCGCAUAGAGUACAAAACGGCGCACGAGGCCGAGGCGGUGGAUAUAGAGAGACGCAAACCGGUCGCGCCCGCGCCGCAGCCCGACGCGGCGGACGACGCACGUGACGUCGCCGUGUUCAAGACCUUGUUGAGAGAGGGUGUGCCGCCGGAUGAACACAUCAAAAAAUUCAAAGACUCUGUAGCACAACACAAGAAGGAUAUAGCACAAAACAGUCUAAUAGCAACAGACGAACCUGUUAAAGAUCUACUACCAGAUGUACCUGAAAAGCAGAAACUAGAUAAAGAUACAGUUAGUAAAGUAAUAAAAAUCAAAAAUAAAGAAAGUGAAAAAGACAUUAUUGAGAAGCCCGUUCAAGAUGAAUACUACGAGAAAGAAAUAGAAACCAACGACAAUGAAAGUGCAAAAGGUAAAAAACAAAAAGUAGAUAAAGAUAUCAUUAGUAGCAAAGAAACUGAUAAAGCAACUGAAACGGAGACAGAACAAAAAGAAGUUGAGGCAGCCAUCAACGGAGAAGAUUUGAAAAAAGAACUAAAAACAAAUGACUGUUCAAAGAAAUCUGAUAAAAUGUUGGAAGAAAUAUUCCCGUACAAAGGUAUCAACGUCUAUGAAAACAUAUCCUUAGAAGAAAUAGAAAAGAACAAAAGAAUACUUCUAGAUGAAUUGAAGAAAUCUCUGCCAGAAGACGAAAUAAAGAAAAUGAACUGUUUCUCAAUGAAAGACAUCAAUAUAGACUCACCAGAUUAUGUCAACGAAAAAGUUGAAAACGUCGGCUUCGAUUCCAAAGAGAAAUAUCAAGAGGUGGUCAACUCGUGGAAGGAUCAGUACGAAUAUAAGCCGUAUUACAUGGACGGUAAAGGUCAGAAUGGGAAGGAGUUCGACUUUGAUUUCCAACCGGAUUUGGAAGGUCAUCCUGGACCCAGCCCGAGCGUUAUUUUGCAGGCGCUGACGAUGUCUAACGCUAACGACGGCAUCAACCUGGAGCGGCUGGAGACGAUCGGCGACAGUUUCCUCAAGUUCGCCAUCACCGCGUAUCUGUACUGCGCCCACCCCGCCGUCCACGAGGGGAAACUCUCGCAUAUGCGGAGCAAGCAGGUAUCGAACUUAAACCUGUAUCGACUCGGUCGCAACAAACGUCUCGGCGCGCGCAUGAUCGCGUCCAAGUUCGAGCCGCAUGACAACUGGCUGCCGCCGUGCCACCGUCCGCCGCCCACGCUGCACGCCACGUCUGACCCGAAGGACUCUGCGGCGAUAGCGGACGCACCGCACGACAGCACUGGUUGUUUCAUACCGUACAACUUGAUCACACAACACAGCAUACCAGAUAAAUCAAUAGCGGACUGCGUAGAAGCUCUUAUAGGCGCGUACUUACUAGAGUGCGGGCCGCGCGGCGCUCUGCUGUUCAUGUCGUGGCUGGGCAUCCGCGUGCUGCCGCAACACCUGCUGCAACUGCCGCCCGACCACCCGCACGUGCUGCGAGAGACACGCGAGCAGAAGACAGAGACACAGCCAGCUCCACCUCAACCCCCACCAGCAACUGAAGCCCCCGAAGCGACAGACUCGGAGUGGUCAGACGGGGGGGAGGGAUGCGAGGCGGGGGGCGAGGGGGAGUUGCCGCGCGACUGGAGCUGGCCCGGCCGCGCUGUCGGCUCGCUGAGACCGUAUCAAGACGAAGAUGGACAGUGGGUGCAGCCGAUAUUCGGUGCGUUGAAAGCGCCACCAUCGCCGCUGCUGCGGUACAUCGACAACCCGGAAGGCGAGCUUGAACAGAUGCUGUCAGGGUACGAGGCGCUGGAGGAGGUGCUGCAGUACCGGUUCCGCGACCGCGCGCUGCUGCUGCAGGCGCUGACGCACGCGUCGCAUGCCCCCAACCGCCUGACGGACUGCUACCAGAGGUUGGAGUUCCUGGGCGACGCUAUAUUGGAUUACCUUAUAACUCGUCAUCUAUUCUGCGACGGUCGGCGGCAUUCUCCGGGCGCGCUCACCGACCUCCGCUCGGCGCUCGUCAAUAACACAAUCUUCGCCACGCUCGCUGCGAGACACGGCUUCCAUAAAUAUUUCCGUCACAUGUCGCCCGGGCUGAACGAGGUGCUCGCCAAGUACGUACGGAUACAGGAGGAGAACGGGCAUUCUAUCAGCGAGGAGCAUUACCUGAUCCAAGAAGACGAACUAGAACAAGCAGAAGACGUGGAGGUUCCGAAGGCCUUAGGCGAUCUGUUUGAAUCCGUCGCUGGGGCUAUCUUUUUGGAUUCCGGCAUGUCACUAGGCGCAGUAUGGCGGUCGUACGGCGCGCUGAUGGGCGCCGAGUUAGAGGCGUUCUCCGCCGCCGCGCCCAAAUCACCAGUCAGAGAGCUGCUGGAGGCUGAACCGGAUACCGCCAAGUUCGGUAAACCGGAGCGUCUGGCGGACGGGCGUCGCGUGCGAGUCUGCGUGGAGGUGUUCGGACGCGGCGCCUUCAAGGGCGUCGGCCGCAACUACCGCAUCGCUAAGGGCACGGCCGCACGGUGCGCGUUACGACACCUCAAGCGACGUCAUUAGGCGCUAUACACAUGGUGCGAUGCGUUGCUCAUUGUAUAAUAAGUUCAAGAGCAUCGGCCACAACUACCGCAACGCUAAGGGCACAGCCGCACGGUGCGCGUUACGACACCUCAAGCGACGACAUUAGGCGCUAUACACAUGGUGCGAUGCGUUGCUCAUUGUAUAAUAAGUUCAAGAGCGUCGGCCACAACUACCGCAUCGCUAAGGGCACGGUCGCACGGUGCGCGUUGCUACAUCUCAAGCGGCGGCAUGAGGCGUUAUACACAUUGUGCGAUGCGUUGCUCAUUGUAUAAUAAGUUCAAGAGCGUCGGCCACAACUACCGCAUCGCUAAGGGCACGGCCGCACGGUGCGCGUUACCACACCUCAAGCGACGACAUUAGGCGCUAUACACAUGGUGCGAUGCAUUGCUCAUUGUAUAAUAAGUUCAAGAGCGUCGGCCACCUCAAGCGACGAUAUUAGGCGCUGAAGGGCACGGCCGCACGGUGUGCGUUGCUACAUCUCAAGCGGCGGCAUUAGGCGUUAUACACAUGGUGCCAUGCGUUGUUCAUUGUGUUAUAAAAAUAUUUUUUGUGAGCCUGAAAUGACGACAAAGGCGCGUUACGUGAUUAGAUAAGUCCAGCUGCGCUCUUUUCGUGUCUGGAAUGUCAUUAUACCUUAUAGUCUU